AUGGACGAGUUCCACCUGGCGUCCUCGCAUCUCUCGACAUCCCCUCGAGAUGCCACAAACGUCAAAUCCAGCGCCACCACCCAGGGCAAACCGCCAGCGUCCUCGGUGACCCCAGUGCGCGGGGUGUCCUCCGACUCGACCUCAUCCGAGUCGUCGGACGACACGCCUGCAGAGCAGUACCCGCUGUGCGGCUCCGAAUUCCUCACAGAGCUCCGCGGGCACAGUCGAGCCCAGUCCAUCACCUUUCCCCUCUCCACAUCCACCUCCACCGGCACCCCGGUAUCGGUGCGCCCCUCGUCGCAGAUGUACUGGUCUGCCCACGAGCACCUCACCGACUCUGACGGCGGCGGCGCCCCCACGCCGGAGAAGGUGGCGGCGACCACGACGCCACCGCCCAUUGUCACCGCCAUGGCCGACUCUCCGUCCAGCGGGUCCACGUCGUCAUCGAUCGACCCCCUCCUCGAGUCGCCGCGCACGCCCGUUUCCCGCCUGAAUCUUUCCUACGGCGGCGAGUCUAUUACGUACUCUAACCCAUUCUCGCCGGGCGAGGUGGAGGCUACGCCAACCAGUCCAUUCCGCGCUCCCGCUCGAGACCGGGCCGCCUCGGCCGCGAGCCUCAUGUCCGCCAUGGCGGCCAACACGUCCUCGGGCCGGAGGUUCUCAACCUCCAGCUUUCCCCCGCCAGGCGGAUGGCAUAUGCCACAUGAGGUGGCGGCGGGCAGCAGCAAUAACACGCUCCCGGCGUGUCCCUCUCUUACCUCUGCGCCGGCGUGCUCGCCCUUCUCCCCGCUCAACAGGAUGCGCCACCUGCAUGCGCCCAAGGCGGUCAACCGUGGUGCCGAGGCAAAUCUCCAGCGGAUGGGCGGCGGCGGCGAGGAGGACACACUGCGGGGAAACCAUGCGCUUGGCAGUCCCCUCACGCGGCGCAUAUCGGGGCACAUCAAGAACCUUGCGGCGCAGCGGGCGACGAGCUGGAACGAGUUUGCGUUUGCCUACUCGCAGGGGUGGUUUGACCCCCUCCGCACACCCAUGUUCCCCGAGUCGAGCGAGUUUGAGCACUUGCCGGCACCGGCACCGUCAACGCCACGUUUGGCCGCUGUGGACAGGGAGGACCCAAUACUUCGCGCUCAGUCUGCGCCUCCGAGUCCUCUGCCCCCCGGGUCAGACCCAGAAGACGAGGCCGAGGACGACGACAACGGCCAGCCAGACGACAUGCAGCAAGCAUCUUCAUCCGCAAGACCUGCAAAGCCAAGUCGACUAGGUCAAACGCACACUCGCUCAUUCUCUAUCGACCAUGCUCUUCCCCCUCCACCGGCAAGACGCCCACAGUUUCUCAAACUCGGUCACUUUCCAAAUGUUCGCCACUUGCACGACGUUCGCCCGUUCUAUGAGCGCCACAAGUUCUUGCCAGCGCCCCUGCCACAGCAAGAGCCCGAGAGACUUAAGACGCUCAUGAGCUUCAACAUUCUGUACACGACCGACGACCUCAACUUUGACCGCGUCGUGCACAUGAUCAAGCUCGUGUUCAACGCGUCCAUGGCGUUCUGCUCCCUUCCCGACGGGGAGGGGUUCAAGUCGUACUCUGGCCUUGGGUACACUGUCGACGAGUUGCGGCGAUCGGUCGGCUUUUGCCCUCAUGUCGUCUUGCUCAACGGCGAUGACCCGUUCGUCGUGCUCGACACGCACAAGGACUGGCGGUUCAAGAACAACCCUCUAGUCACAGGCAAUCCCAACAUUCGCUUCUACGCUGGCGCGCCACUGCGCACAUCGGAUGGCUACAACCUCGGAGCGCUCGCCGUGGCUGACACCAAGCCGCGGACAAAGUUUUCCCCACGUUGCCGCCACAUUCUCAAAGAGUUUGCCGCGAUUGUCAUCCGCGAGCUCGAGCUCUGGCGCGACCGCCUGCAGCUCCGCGUGCGCGACCGGAUCCAGACGUCUCUCGAGGAGUUUACGCGCGAGUGCCUCGAGACCAAGGACAGGCUGCUCCUCUGCCAGCAGGAUGUGGAUCUGCAUCUCUUGCAGGUGUACCGCCGGGCGUCUGAAAUGGUGAAGAACACUCUUGACCUCGACGGGUGUACAAUCCUGGACAUUGGGCAGUUUGAGCGCGUCGAGCUCCAUGCGCCAGAGGACGGGACUACCAAGGUGGUCUACCGCGCAAACCCCUACAUAGGCGGCAGCGGCAACUCGUUCUCUGGCGACAUGACCGACGACUUUGGCCCACUCCCCGCGUUCCCAGUGCUGGCGUCCACGUCGCGCGAAGCGCGUACCCACAAGCUCAAGGGAUGGGAGCACAAGCUCGUGUCCGAGUUUCUCGCCGACUACCGCUUUGGCCGCAUCUUUCACGUUGCGCCGCCGUGGAUCCGCUCAGUCUACCCCUCGACACUGCGAUAUGCCCUCGUGGUCCCCAUCUUUGGCAUCGACCACCAGCCGUUUGCGCUCAUCUGCGCGCACACGCAGGAUAAAGGUCGGCAGUUUCUCCAAGGGUCCGAGCUGCAGUUUCUCCGCGGCAUUGGGUCGACCAUCCUGUCGGCUGUGCUCCGUCGGAGGACCUUCCUCGCUGACCGGUCCAAGAACGUGCUCAUCUCGUCGGUUAGCCACGAGCUGCGCACGCCCCUGCAUGGCAUGCUCGCCGCCGGUGAGCUGCUCUCGGACACGACCUUGGACCCGACGCAAGAGGCCUUUUUGGCCACGCUCCGCACCUGUGGACAGCAGCUCAUCGAGACGGUCAACCACGUGCUCGACUUUGCAAAGCUCAGCAUUGAGGGCAAGGACAACUCGACGAGCCAGAUCCAGUGCCGGCAGGUCAACCUCGCCGAGCUCAUCCACAGCACUGUCGAGGGGUGCUGGCUGGGGCAGCGCGCGCGCUCGAUGCAAAUGACGUCGGACGGCGAGAGCGACCUCGGCACGUUUUACUCGCCAGAGCCUCGGGGUCUCAUACCGGGAGCGCGGCGUCUCGACAUUCAUCAAGACUUGUCCAACGUUGAGUCGGUCCUCGACAUUGGGUUCCGCGAAAAGGGCUGGAAUGUCGUGUGCGAGGUCGGUGGCCUGCGCCGCAUCAUCAUGAACUUGUUCAACAACUCGCUCAAGUUUACAAAAGAGGGCUACGUGCAGAUCAUGCUGCGCGAGCUGCCUCACCCUGCCGAUCAAAAGCGCAUCCCUCUGGAGCUCCGUGUGAUCGACACUGGCAAGGGGAUCGGCAAGGAGUUUCUCAAGAGCAAAAUGUUUCAGCCGUUUGCGCAGGAGAACCCCAUGCAGCCCGGCACUGGCCUCGGUCUCGCCAUUGUGGGCAACAUUGUCACCUCGAGCGCCAUGGGCGGCACACUCGACGUCUACUCUGCGGAGAACGUCGGUACCGAGAUCCGCAUCCAGUUCCAGGUCGACACGGUCGACGAGGACGAAAACGGCGUCCCCAUCAAGCCGGUCAACACUAGACUCGGCGUCUGCCACACCAUGGCUUUUGUCAACUACCUGAGCCACUUCCGCGGCCACCAGCUCCAGAAGGAGGUCAUGACCAACUAUGCGCGCUGCCUCGGGUUCACCGUCAUUGACAAUCCCGCCGAGGCCGACAUUCUCGUCAUCAACGAAGCGGCAGGUCUCACCGACGAGGUGCGCGAGAUGGCCCGCACGCGGCCAAUCCUCCUCAUCAUCUCGUUCAAGAUCCACGACACGCAGACGCUGCAGGACAUGGGCCGCAUGGACGCGUACACUGGCAUCCUGUACAAGCCCAUGGGCAUUGACCACUUUACGCGCGGGCUGCACGGUGCGGUCAGGUGGCUCAAGGACCCGAGCAAUCCCGACUUGCUCGGCGCCCUGUCGCAGAUCAACACGGCCGAGCGCCGCCGCGGGUCACUCGAGGACCCGAGCAAGGACGCCAGCACCAAGAUGAUGCAGAUUCUCGGCCACCGUCCGCGAACGCACCUUACCGAGAUGUCGCCGUCGCCGUCGCCCACGCCGUCACCUGCUGCCCAACAGCAACCACCGCCCGACUUUAACGACUCGCGGCCAAUGCUCACACUUACGCACAACUCAUUCUCGUCGCUUGGGUCCCAGCAGCAGUCCAAACCGUCCUCAUCCUUCCUCAACUACUCGUUCCCCCCUCGCCCACCUACCAUACGCACGUUUAGUGCCCCAUCCAACCCGACCGUUGUGCAGGGCGCUUGCUCGGGUGAGACGACGCCGAGCACACAGACGACACCAGUGACACCCUUGGCGGCAGUGACCAAGCCCGAAUGGCCCGAACGGCCGCCGACUGUGCGCCACACACACACUGCAAGCAUCUCUGGCUUUUCGACCGUGUCCAUCGCCGACGGUGGAGUCAUGCUCGCGAGCUGCCAGCCGGCCAACCCGCUGUUGACCGUACCCCUCCGCCAGAUCCGCCCGCCGCGCAUCAUGGUCGUUGAGGACAACCCCAUCAACCGCCGCGUGCUGACCGCCUUGCUUAAGAAGCGGGGCUUCCAGUACACCGAGGCGGUCGAUGGGUGUGCCGGCGUCGAGCUAUUUGAAAAGUCGCCGCCAAACUAUUGGGACAUCGAGACGCGGCGCCGUCUCGAUGGCGAUGUCUACACCUCUCCAAACAUCUCUCCUACAUCUACGCAUGUCCCCCUCUCCCCCAUCUCGUCUUCGUCGCAAUUGCCAGAGCCCCAAACCCACCACACCAAGAUUUUCGCCUUGACUGGACUGGCCACUGUGGACGACAAGCGCAAGGCGUUUGCAAGCGGUGUAGACGGAUACCUUUUCAAGCCUGUGUCCCUGGUGACACUCGACCUCGUCUUCAAGAAGAUUGGUUUUUGA